AUGGCCUCGCCUCCGUUGGCCUCGCCGCUCAAGCAGGUCAACACCCAGGGCAAAGCCCCGCCAUCGAAACUCGAGCACUCGUGGCACCAGCUCGCCCACAACCCGCUCCUCUUCACCCAGCUCCAGCGCGACCCGCGUCGCUGGUUCGCCGACCUGUUCUGCCUCAAGCCCUCGCUCAACGUUCAGCAAUCUGCCCUCGACCGCCUCUCGCCCGCCGACCUCGCGGGCCCGUACCAGCACAACGUCUCGCUCCUGUUCUCCAACGCGGUCGACGUCCUCAAGUCGGCCCCUCCCGCCGAUGUCACCCGCUCCAACGCCAUCGAGACCCUAAUUCCGUUCUGCCGCAACGUGCUCGGGCGCGAGUACCCCGAUCAGAGCGAGGACGUCCUCUCGGUCCUCGCCGGCAGCGUCGAGCGCCGCGACCAGGUCUUUACCGACUUUGUCUCGGCCAUCGACUUGACCCUCCAGGACUCGCAAGUUCCUCUCCCCGUUCGUCACCGCACGCUCCAGCUCGCCCUCGUCGUCGUCGCGUCCGUCAACCAGGGCGCGCUCGGCGCCUUCUUCCUCCGCCGUGACCUCUUCUCGACCCUCGUCUCGUUCAUCGCCGACCGCGAGACCCAGCACUUUACGUUCGAGGCGACUCUCCUGCUCGGCCUCCUCGCCAACUACCACAAGGCCGAGUCGCGCAACCCGUACGGCGUCCGCAUCGAGGACUUUGUCGAGGAGGGCGUCAUGGAGCGCAUCAUUGACGUCGCGUCGACCGUCUGCCUGCGUGCACGAGACGCCUACGUCGCCCUCGCCGACGACACGCCGGCGUCGUUCGCCGCGUCCUUGUCGUCGCUCGUCUGGUCGACCCUGCGCCUCGGUGGCGGCCUGUUCAGCGGCGGGCUCGCGCUGCCGCCGCCACCGCCUCCUCCAGGUGCGGCGACGAGCGGCAAGGGCAAGGAGAAGGCGGUCGAGGGCGAGGACGACGGCGAGCAGGUCGACCGACCCGUGCCGAGCUUGGCCAUCAACGGCAGCGAGCUUGAGCUCUCGCCCGCUCCGGCCCAGUCGGCCUUUUCCGCCGAUUCGAGUACGCCUGCAGCCGUCACGUCGUCCAACGGCGAGUCGUCCACGCCCGUCACCUCACCACCCUUGUCCCCUCGAGCCGCCCUCACCCGUACCGCCUCGUCCUCGUCCUCGACCCCCACCACGCCGACUCGCACCUCGGCAUCUCGGCCUCGAUCACCUCGACCCGCCGACGAGUCGCCGUUUGCCGCGCUCCCGCCCGAGCCGCUCGUGCUCCUCGUCCCCUUCUUCGAGCUCCUCAACUCGAACAAGACGUUCUGCACGCUCGUGUUUGCCUCUCGCGCCGACUCGAGUUCACCGCCAUUGUCCGAGACGCUCAUCUCGCUCACGUCGUACGUCGUCUGCCACGCGGCGGGUUCGGCUCGGGCCCGGCUCUACGCCCGCCUGUGCCUCGUCGUGUGCAUGAUCCUGGUUGAGGAGGGCGAGGGCAAGCUGUGCGCGAGGACCAAGGUCGACGGCGGGAUCCGGCUCUGCAGGCAGCGCAAUCCGAUGCUUCCGCAGCGAGACGACGCUCGUGCCGUACCCCUGUCGGCCAUGAUCGACUCGGUGGUUGUCUUCCUCCGCCACAACCUCCACAAGCGGCUCGACGUCGAGACGUACGCGAUUGCCCUCAGGCUGCUGCAGCGCAUCUUUCAGCAGCUCAAGGCCGAGAAGGUCCGCCUUGCACGAGACUGGGUCAUCGUCUGGCGGGCCAUGCUCUCGCUCGCGAGCUUCGUCGUGUCGCACAGCCUCGAGCUCCGGAGCGCGAGCGUGCACCUCGACACGCUCAUCUCGCAGCUGUUCGUCACCCUGUCGUACGCGACGUACUGGGCGGCCCAGCUCCUGCCCUCGCCCGCCGCUCAAGCCGAGCUCUUCUACGAGAUCCUCCACGCCGACGCGACCCUGUCGGCCCUGUCGGACCUCCUCGGCAUCUCGUCCAUCGCGUCGCCCGUCAUCGGCAGCGGCAACUCGGCCAGCACGACCCCGACGGGCACCACCUUCCCUCCCGCCCUCACCCGCCGCGAGACGCCGACGCGCGCCACCUUCUUCGCCUCGCUCCAGGUCUCGCCCUCGCGUCCAUCCCUGUCGCGCUCGCCCUCGUCGUCGACGAGCACGACGACCCGCAGCGGGUCCGGCGCCGGGUUCGUCGCGACCGAGUGCAUCUCGAACCUGCGCUCGAUCGUCACGUUCUUCUCGGGGCCCAUCGACGAGCUUCGGCGGGCUAAGAAGGCGAGGGACGACGAGGUCGACCCGGACGAGAUCAUCCGCGUCAUCCGGCACCACCUCGGCGGCGUCGAGCUCAUCGAGAGCGCCGCCAUGGGUGACUUGCCACGGUACGGCGCGGCGGCGGCGGUCGGGGGAGGGGGCGGAUCGUCGAGGAGCUUCAUCGAGGCGUUGGGCGCGGUGGCGUGCCGCGACACGCUCGAGCUCAUGAAGGGCGAGCGGCCGGGAGCAUGA